GGGCCUCACAACCAAACGCGGCGGCAAAGCCGAACCCCUCCCGCCCUCCCCCCGCCCCUCCCCUCCCCCCGCCAACUGCUCGGCGGAAUGCUGCACUCGCCGCCGCCGCUGGAGGCGGCCGGGUCGCCCCUCGCGCACAACCGGUGCCUCCUCCGCGACCUCGGAGGCCAUGGCGCGGUGCCGGCCGACCCCUCCACGCUCCACGGCGCCGACGCGGCCACCACCAGGUUCCUCCUCGAGAGGAUCCUGCGGGAGAGCGGCGUCGCGCGCCGCCUCGUGACCUCCUCGCCUUCUCGGGGGACCUCCUUCGCGGACGCAGCGGACGCCGAGUCGGGGGAGCCCGAGGACGCGGCGGGGUCCUCCCCUGGCCUCGUUCCCGUCGACCGCACCUCCGCGGCUAGCGGCUCGGAGACUUCACCCGCCACCGCCGACCCCUCCCCUCUCUACGGCGCCGACGCGGCCACCACCAGGUUCCUCCUCGAGAGGAUUCUGCGGGAGAGCCGUGUCGCGCGCCGCCUCGUGACCUCCUCGCCUUCUCGGGGGACCUCCUUCGCGGACGCAGCGGACGCCGAUUCGGGGGAGCCCGAGGACGCGGCGGGGUCCUCCCCUGGCCUCGUUCCCGUCGACCGCACCUCCGCAGCUAGCGGCUCGGAGACUUCGCCCGCCACCGCCGACCCCUGCCCGCUCUACGGCGCCGACGCGGCCACCACCAGGUUCCUCCUCGAGAGGAUCCUGCGGGAGAGCGGUGUCGCGCGCCGCCUCGUCGCUUCGUCCUCUCCCCCGGGGUCCUCUUCGGUGGACGCAGCGGACACCGAGUCGGGGGAGCUCGAGGAUCCGACGGAGUCCACCCCUGGCCUCGUUCCAGUCUCAGGGACCCCGGAUCGCGCCGACCACACCGCCGCAGCUAGCCGCUCGGUCUCUUCGCCCGCCACCGAGCUCCACGCCCCCCUCGAAUCAACGGCGCGAGUUCCCGCCAGCCGCUUGUCCACUCUUCUAGGGCCGAAUGGUCGCAUCGUGAUCGUCACCAAUCGGCUCCCCGUCACGGCCAACCUCCUCGAAGACGGCCGGUGGCACUUGGUGAGCAGUUCGGGCGGUCUCGCCAGCGCUCUGCGAGGUGUUAAAGACGUGGAACUGUUGUUUGUUGGCUGGCCUGGCAUCAGCGUCCCCGAGGCCGACCGAUCAUCCAUCACGGAAAAACUACUCACGGAGAGGUGUGUGCCUGUGUUCCUGAAUGAGGAGAUGAUGGACGAGUACUACAGCGGGUAUUGCAAUAACAUUCUAUGGCCGCUUUUCCAUUACUUGGGGCUUCCACAGGGGUACAAGUUCAAUAAGGCAAAAGACUUCGAGUCACAGCUUAAAUCAUAUACUGAGGCAAACCAGAUGUUUGCGGAUACUGUGAGCGAAAUCUGGAAGGAAGGAGAUGUUAUAUGGUGCCAUGACUACCAUUUGAUGUUACUUCCCCAGUUAUUGAAGCAGUCCAACAGAAACAUGAAGGUGGGCUGGUUCCUGCACACUCCGUUUCCCUCCUCUGAGGUUUACCAGGCAUUGCCGAACCGUGAAGCGCUGUUGAAGGCUGUGCUUGAAGCUGACUUAGUGGGGUUUCAUACGUACGGGUAUGCAAGGCACUUUGUGAGUGCUUGCACCAGCCUGCUGGGUCUUGAGGGUUGCCUUGGAGGCAUUGAGUUUAAAGGAAGAAUUGUCAAAGUGGAUGCUUUUCCAAUCGGGAUAGACGCUCAGCAUUUUAAAGAAUCUUUGGAUCGUGUCACAGUCAAAGAUAAAAUAGCCGAAUUGAAAUCCACUUUUGCUGGUCGAAAGGUAAUGCUUGGUGUUGACCGGUUAGACAUGAUUAAAGGACUUCUGCAAAAAUUAUUGGCCUUUGAGAAAUUUCUUGAGGAGAACAAGGGUAGGGCAUCCAAAGUGGUUCUUGUGCAAAUCGCUGUGCCAACUAGAAGUGACGUACCUGAAUAUCAAGAGCUGAAAAGUCAAGUGCAUGAGAUGGUUGGACGUGUAAACGGAAAAUUUGGAACAUUUGAAACCCUCCCUAUUAUGCAUCUGGAUACAACCAUUAAAUUUGAGACACUGUGUGCUCUUUAUGCAAUCACUGAUGUGGCUCUGAUAACAUCACUGAGAGAUGGAAUGAAUCUUGUAAGCUAUGAAUAUGUUGCCUGUCAAGAAGCAAAUAAAGGUGUUCUGAUACUGAGUGAGUGUGCAGGGGCAGCGCAAUCUCUUGGAGCUGGGGCUAUUAUAGUAAACCCAUGGAAUACUGCAGAAGUAGCACGCGCGAUGAAACGUGCUUUGGAUAUGUUACCUGAUGAAAGGGAGAAACGUCACAGGCAUAAUUAUGAAAUUGUGUCAGCUCACACUGCACAAGACUGGGCAGAAAACUAUGUCUGGGCGCUCAAUGCUGCAACUAUUAAAGCUCCGCUAGGAACAGGAAAAAGUGUUGGACUCCCUAUUAAAGAAGCAGCUAAACAAUACGUGCAAUCCAAAAGUCGUUUGCUCAUAUUGGGCUUUAAUGCGACAUUGACUGAACAGGUCCAAUCUUUUGAGAGAAGGGCUACUGACCAAAAUGGGAACACGACACUCAAGUUGAACCCUGGGUUGAAGGGAUCCCUGAAAACCCUUUGUGACAGUGAGGAUACAACUGUUAUUGUUGUCAGUGGUCAUGGCAAAAGUGUUCUCGAUGAGAAUUUCGGAGAAUUUAAAAUGUGGCUAUCAGCAGAGAAUGGGGUGUUUCUACGACAAACUGGUGAAGACUGGACCACCGGAUCUGGGCCUCUGGAAAUUACCCACCAUGGCAGUGUAAAGAAAGUUUUUGAAUACUUCACUAGAAGAACCCCAAAGUCUUACCGUGAACCGCGUGACAGAUCAUUUGUGUGGAACUAUAAAUAUGCGGAGGAUCAGUUUGGAACAAAUCAGGCGAAGGAUAUGCUACAGCACCUCGGGGCAUAUUCAUUGUCAAACCAAAGGGCUGAGGUUAUUCAAGGCAGCCGGUCAAUUGAAGUGCGCCCUGUGGGAGUCACCAAGGGUAAUGCCAUUAAUAAAAUUCUACAGGACUUAGAUCGCAAGAAAAUCAUAACCACUCCAGUUGAUUAUGUCUUGUGCAUUGGACACUUCCUUGCGAAGGAUGAAGACAUCUAUACCUUAUUCGACCACAUUGUUCAAACUGAAUCGGGAGGAAAGACAGAGGGGUGGCAAGAAGAUUGCAUGAGCAUCGAGUUUGACCUCAAGCCUGAGAAAUACUUCCCAUGUACUGUUGGGAGGGAACGAUCUCUAGCACAGUACAAGGUUGAGGGAACAAGCGAUGUCGCCUGCUUACUGCACGAGCUUGCGUCUGCUGACACAGUAGAUCAUGAUAUGAUUCGGGAGCUAUGAGCGACUAGUGACUUGGCCUUUUGUCAUUCUCUGACUCCGAAGGGUACAGAUACUAAAAAAAAAGGGUUCUUCGCGUUGGUACAUAUACUAUAAGGAAUUCUAGGCUAAGCAAAACAAAAGAAGUGGUACAGAUACUACAAGAAAUUGAUAUUUUUAGAUCUAAGAAUGCAAAAAGAGGUUUGAGAAUUCUUCACUUUGGUGACUGAUCUGCAACUGCAGAAGUUUUGAUCGAUGCGUGUAUAGAACAUGAUGCUGUAAAACUGAGACAUGAUGGCACCAAAGUAUGAUUCUUUUGUGGAUUUUAUUCAAUUGAAAUUCUUCUUUCAUUCA